AUGGAAGGCAUGGAAGGUGGAGAUACCCUUGACCGCAAACAAGCUGACACUGAAGAUGUCAAAAGUGAAGCAAACUGUACUAAUAAUGAUCAGAAAACGGAAAAAGGGGCUUGGCACCACUGUAAAAACAUGAAAAAAGAAACUGUUAAUGGCAAUGACAUGGGUGUAGGAAUUUUUGUGGAAAUAAAAGUUGAAGAAAGGCCUAUCCUUUGCCAAGACGACGGUGGCGGUGACAGCAGUCCUGAUAGUGAUAUGGCCCCUGCGAGUACUGAUGGCAUGCCUACUGAUGAUCAUGAUGAUGGUUGUGAAUGCGAUGGGGAUGUUGAAAUGAUGAACUUUGAAGAGUGUCCUCAACUUUCCCACCCCUACCAAAAAGACAAUCAAAACAGCCCCAAUUCUUAUUCAGAAGCAGACAUGAGAGUUGUAAGCGAGGUUGAGUGUUAUGCUGAAUCUGAUACCGGAACUAGAAGAAUGAUUUAUGUUGAUGAGGCAGCAGCCUCUCCUGACUUGCCAGUUACUCCUGCUGACUUCACAACAGGCCUGUCAUGUAAUGAUGCUGGUAAGCCAAGAGAUGCCACUGGUUCUGGGAGUGAGGAGGAUGUCAUGGCCGAGUCCCCAAAGCCAGGGAAUGACAUUGAGAAGACCGCUCAUUUCGACCAAGACGGUGUGGUCCUCAAUGAUGCGACCAAAGAAACAGUGGCAAUACCCCAAGAAAGGAAUGCUGUCUACAGCCUGACAGAAUCAAACAUUGUGAGCAUUCCAUUUGGAUUGCCUAUAAGAGUUUCAGAGUUGGUUGUGACAAGUCUCAACUUCCCAGCUGAAGGUUUAGCUGCGAGUGAUGACAGAUUAGACCUUGAACCUGAGGACAGUGAGGUAGGGCCAAGAGGUGCUAAGGUUCCACGGUUACAAACCAGUCAUGACAACCUGGAUGACAAUAUUGGGAUGAAGACGUCUUCUCUCCCAAGCGCGAUUGACAUGGCACAAUCUUGCUCGGAAAAAGUCACAUCCAGCAGUCCUGUCAUAUCAGACAUGGAAAUCAAAAAGAACCUGAUGACUGUCCUGAGCCCAAGUCAGUCCCCCAGUAUUGGGUCGUUAUCCACUCAGAUAUCCCCUUCCACCUGUAGCCUGGAUUGCAGCAGAGAUUCGAUGGAAGACACUGAAUGUGAAGAUAUCUUGUGUUACCCAACAUUUGAGGAACUGCAGCAGAGCUAUAAUCUUGAUUCGUCUGAGGCAAUCACAGUGUUGAGUGAAGCAAUCCUGAAGAAUGCUGUCCUCAGCCAACAGGUGGUGGAGAAAGAUGAGAACCAAGACAUACAGCCAGGGCUUCCUUUGAAAAUAAUUAACUGUCAGGUACAGCGUGGUAAUCCAGCUUUCACCACGCCUCAUCGACCUUGGUCUACAAACAUGGCACCCCCUCAAAACAUCACGCAACAACCUAGCGGGGGGCCACCAAGACAAGUACACUUUGUGAAUCUUCCAAGGAGGACAGUCGGAGGGAAUGUUGUGCUACCAGCCAAAGGGACACCUCAUCCAGCUCAAGGAGUCUACAUGCCAGGACAGGGUCCAUGCCAUCAUUUGGGUUUCCCUGAAUUCAGACACCGGACCCCUACUGGCUACAUCAUCAGACAGGCUGCACCUAAUCAGAAAACAUUGGGUGUCUCCCCUCAUGCCAGCCCAGCCAACAUCUCCCUGAACAGCAGUGGUGAGGAGAAUUCAAACACCAGCCCAGAGGAAGGCACCCCGCCACCCCAUGUCCCGUACAACACGCCACAGUCAGGAAUUGUCAACAACCCACGUUUUCCUCUCUGCAACCGACUCAUCAAAGAUUCCAACAUCUUGGCACAGUUGGAAGCUACAGUCAAAAACAGGGUCCAGAGUUCGCCCAAGAAUCUUGAAGGCUUUGCUGAGUUCCGCUCCCCUUUUCCAGCAGAGGCUGUAGCAAGUGAUGGCAUUGUGCAUACUGCACCUGACCAAGGCCUGUGUACAGAACAGGACUUGGCCUUCGGGAGAGAUCAUCAUAAUGCUAAAGAAAGGAGAAGAAGACUCCGAAUCAAGGACGCCAGCAAUAAGUUAAAGAAGAUUGUGCCAGGACUAACCAGCAAGACGGACAAGGCCACCGUCUUUGAGUAUGCAGUCGAGUACAUCCUUUACAUGAAACAAAUUGUCGGCUCAAAAUAUGAUAGGCAAUUCAUUACACAGUGCAGUCCAUACUGACCAGAGGGUGGCAGAAAUGAGCUGGAG